UUGAUCAACUGACAACCGCACAUAUAAACUCAAAGCAAUUUCUCUGUAAAGAGUUCAUCUUCUUCAAAGAGACAAACAAAGAUUCUCAAAUUCAUCAAAACAAUGGGAACUGUUCUGGAUUCCCAUUUCUUAGCUCUAACAGCAAUUGUCACUGCCGGCUAUCAGUUCGUGUUCUUUGUUGUCACAGCACUUCUUAAAAUUGAUAAAGUCACUGAUUUCGCAGGUAGCACCAAUUUUGUUAUACUUGCUUUAUUGACCCUGGUUGUUAAAGGCUCAUGGAAUUUCAGACAGAUUGUGUUGAGCUUGCUGGUAGUAAUAUGGGGCCUUCGUCUAGGUCUCUUUCUGUUGAUGAGGAUUUUACAAUGGGGAGAAGAUCGACGUUUCGAUGAGAUGCGUGCCAAUAUUGGAAAAUUAGUAGUAUUCUGGAUAUUUCAGGCGGUUUGGGUGUGGACUGUAAGUUUACCUGUAACAAUUGUUAAUGCAAGCAACAGAGAUCCGUCUAUUCAAGCUGUGGACAUAAUAGGAUGGAUUAUGUGGUUAGUUGGUAUAAUAGCUGAAGCCACUGCUGAUCAACAAAAGCUGUGGUUCAAGAAUAAUCCAGCAAAUAGAGGAAAAUGGUGUAAUACUGGUCUGUGGAGUUACUCUCGUCAUCCAAACUACUUUGGUGAGAUUCUUCUCUGGUGGGGAAUUUUUGUUGCAUCAACUCCUGUACUGAAAGGUGCAGACUGGCUUGUUGUCCUGGGGCCAAUUUUCCUAACAUUACUGUUGCUUUUUCUAAGCGGACUACCUUUACUUGAGGAAUCUGCUGACAAGAAAUAUGGUAAUGUGACGGAGUACAGGCUAUACAAGAGUACCACAAGCCCUCUAAUUUUGCUUCCACCAGCUGUAUAUGGAAUUUUGCCCUCAUGGUUCAAGACGGUGUUCCUAUUUGAGCUUCCUUUAUACAACCGCAACUUUACUCAAGAAGAGAAAAAUUGGUGCAGAGCAGAAUCUGAGGAAGUUAAUAGCAGUGGAUCAAAGAUUGAUUAGACAUCAUAUUAAAGGUACAGAAUUAUUAUUACUCAAUAUUAUAUUCUUAGAGUGUUUUCUCUCAUUGUAAUCUAAACAUGUUUGAUUUUUUUAUAAAGAAAUGGUACAAUUAUGGUUACAAUUUCUCUCUUGAUUUAUUACUGUUUUCCUUGUCCUUUUGUUGAUUUAUUUGCUCUUAUUGUCCUGUUCUACUUUGUAGUUAUUUGCCAUGCAUGUAAUAUAACACAAUAAUGAUUCAUUUUGAUCUGAUAAUGGCUUGAAUUUGAUAUACAAAUUGUGAAUUGGUACUAUGAAAUGAGUGCAUGAAUAUUGU